UGUAUUAGUUUAGUUGUUACUCAACUAUCGACGAGAACAGAUCGUUUAAAUAAAUUGUCGGAAAUUGUUUUCUCUGCCAGAAUAAAUAAAUUGAUAUAUUGUGCGCGGAAAUGAUGCUCCUAAUAAGUCUAUGGCUGAUGGCAGCCGUUUGUGGUUUAUUUUACAUGUUUUUACGAUGGAAUUUCAACUAUUGGCGGUAUUCCGGUGUCAAUGGGCCAAAGCCUGAAAUCUACUUUGGAAACUUGCCCAGUGCUGUAACGAAAAAACGUCAUGUUGUCUACGAUAUGUGUGAUAUUUAUAAUACUUAUAAAUACUCGGACGAUUUCGUUGGUAUAUUCAAAAAUCGUACGCCACAAUUAUUUAUAUUAAAUCCGGAGCUUGCAAGGCGAAUUUAUGUUCAAGAUUUCAAGAAUUUUCAUGACAAUGAAAGUUUUAAUAUGAUCGAUGAGAAAACUGACUUUCUGUUUGCCAAUAAUCCAUUCGUAACUGGUGGUGAAAAAUGGAAACAACGUCGAUCGGAAAUAAUUCCUGGUUUGACUUUAAGCCGAAUUAAAUCAAUGUUUCCAAUAACUUUGGAAAUAUGCAAACGUAUGACCAGCUACAUAGAGCAGGAAAUUAAACUUCCAUCUGAAAAUGGCAUGGAUGCAAAAGAUAUAACGUCUCGAUUUAUGGCCGAUGUCAUUGCCGAUUGUGUAAUGGGUUUGCAGAGCGACAGCUUCAAAGAUGUUAACUCACCAUUGCUGGUCAAACGACAUGAAAUGUUUCGAUUUCAUCCAGUCUACAUGAUCCUUACCGGUCUACUGCCAAGUAUUGCAAAGAUUAAAAAAGUUCGAUCGAUAAGUAAGGAAUUCGAGGAGUAUUUUGUCGAUUUAAUGGGCAAAACAAUGGAAAUGCGAAAAUCUCAUCUAGCAGCACAAGAAAGAGUCGAUUUCCUUAAUUACCUCUUGCAAUUGCAAGAAAAGAAGAAUUUAACCCAUAUGGAAUUGUGUGCUCACGCAAUGACUUUCAUAUUGGAUGGAUUCGAAACAGUGUCAUCGAUUCUGGCUCAUACAUUGUUACUGUUGGCUCGUCAUCCAGAGAAACAAGAAAAAUUGCGACUGGAAAUUCAAGAAAAUUUAUCUUCAAAUCGAGAUUUUAAUGCCAUUCAUGAAUUGCCCUAUCUUAAUUCGUGUAUCCUUGAAUCUCUACGUUUGUUUCCGGUGGAUUUGUUUUCUCGUAAAAUUUGCACCGAACCCAUCGAAUUGACAAAUAAAAAUGGCAAAACCUUCAAAGUUCCCCGUGGUAUGUUGGUCAUUAUUCCCAAAUAUCCGAUUAUGAUGGACGAUGAUUAUUACCCGGAUGCUUUGGAAUUCCUUCCGGAAAGAUUUUUAGAAGAAAGCGGUGGCGUUAAGAAAUAUCUCUCCAAAGGCGUCUAUUGGUGUUAUGGCGAUGGUCCAAGAAUUUGUCUAGGUGUAACUUUUGGUUUUGUCCAAAUUAAGGCCGCCUUGGUGGAAAUUUUAACAUCAUUCCGUGUUAAGCCAAAUCCCAAAACUCGCACUGAUUAUGACUUGGAUCCUACAUAUUUCUUGGCCCGUCUUGAUGGUGGAAUAUAUUUAGAUUUUGAAUUACUCUAAACUUGAUCUCUUUGUCUUGAUAUGGAAUACAUAAAUUAUAUUAACUGAAUGAAAA